AUGAAUGAUACACUGUCGGCUCUGCGGGAGGCUUUAGGAUUCCAUACGGGUGAUCCAAGCCAAGAGCAGAUAUGCAAGCCUUAUAUCGAGUACAUUAAGUCAUCGUGGACAGGUCGAGGAGAGCAGCAAGACUUUUUGCGCUUCUUCAUAGAAGUGGUGCGCCAUUUUCGAGGCACUUGGCUGCUCUUGCAGUCGUAUUUUAUCCCAACUCAACAAGAUCAGCGGCGUAUCGUAUAUGCCUAUUGUUGGAACAAAAAUCAGGAGUACUCCGAGACGAACGCGUUUGGCCAGUCUAUUGGCACACUAAUUCAAGAAAGUGGACUACUCCCCAGCGCUGAAGAAGGGAAGAGCGUUCCCGAUGAUAAUGCCUCGUCAUUUCAAGUCAUUGACGAUGCUGAUAUAUCAGAGGCAUUUCCACUACACUCCUAUGCGAAUCUCCUGGAAUCUCUUUCCAUCGAUGCCACGAGACUCAACGCCACCAACCUCUCAACCUACAGCCACGUCGAGAUAGCAUGGACACAAAAUAUAUCACGUCAUAUGCUACUAUCUAAACGAGCUGAAUCUUAUUAUCUCGAGAUAUUCGCUCUUCCCUGUGCACUACAGGGAGGUGCAGAUUAUGUUCUAUCCAGCAUAGGCAUUUCCACGGAUUUAAUAGAUGAAAUCGAAUGCUCCUACGCUACGCUCUUCAACCCGUUAUCAGAAUCAAAACUGCACAAAACUCUGGCCUGGAUAGUCGGCUUACACCACUGGUGUUGGUGCUUGUACUGUACAGCACAACGCUUCAGGAAGCACACUCUGGAGUCGCUCAAGGGCAUCAAGAGUAGACGACGGGGAAGCUCGCUCGAAACCAGCUACAGGAUGACAUAUGAUGAUCAAAUUCGAAUUCUUAUGGAAAGAGAGGCUUCCCAAUGGAAUCAGACCGACUUUAGCAAUCUUUGGCCUCGCAUUCUUGCCCUCGACUCGCACCUACAACAAGCACGACCUUGGAAUUUCUGGGUACUUUUCCGGGACAGGAGGGAUACUGUUCAAUACUGGACGUUCCUGUAA